AGGGGGGCGACAAAAAGACCCAAAAAGUGUAGAAUUGUGCCGCCCAGAUAGCGCUUUCGUCGCCCCCCCCCCUGCGGUACGCAUCUAGCGUAUUGCCUGUGUCACUGUUUAUUCUGCAUUUAUACACGAUUUCUGAUUUCUAUUUCCUGUUCCUAUUGCCUGUUACCUGGCAUUGUGCAAGGGGCUUAACAGUUGUUGAUGAUGAUAAUAAUACGUUCGCUAUAUAAGAAAAAGGUGGUACAAAACUAAAUAUCAUGAAGAAGAAGCAAUUUGAUGAGUUUUUGGGAGGGUUCCAGUCGCUCCCUCAUGAGGUGUCUAUUAUGAACUUUAUCUCUUCACGAGCCUAUGAAAUUUCUGCGAUGACAUCUUCGAUAGAAAAUCCUAAACAAACCAAGUUAAUAUUUCAAAAGCUGCCUGUAUAUAUGCGUAGACGUGUCAUGUCUCAUAAUGUCAAAAGAUUGCCACGUAGAUUGCGAGAGGCACAUUUGGCACAAAUGGCAAAAUCAGGAAAUGGCAAAGAUUUACCAUCAAUAAACAAGCGACUAUCUCGAAAGUAUCGUAGAAGACCACACAAUUUACUUUCUGAAUACAGUUGCAGACAACGUAAUAAAAUCUGGUUAGAAACACACAUCUGGCACGCAAAACGUUUUCACAUGAUUGACAAAUGGAGAUAUAGAAUUGCGAGUCAUCCAAACGACAAGUGUUUUAAAGCUAAUUAUCGAUCUGCCGCAAAAUAUUGCCUUCUACAAGAUAUUUCUUACUACACUUGCAUUGAGAUAACAGGGGAGGAAAACUUAUUAAAGACAACUUUAAGAGCGCAUUGUAAUCCAUCUAAGUUAACUUUUGUAGCGAAAAAAUAUAUUAAUGGCCAUGGGGAAGGUACUCUGAUGUUCUUCAGGAAAGAUGGUUACCCACGUUUUCCUAUUGGUAAUGUGACUUUUUUCUGGCGACCAAACAAAUCAAAUAUCCAAACAGAUAUUAAAACUAUUUGGAUUUGGGUACAUCCUGCUUUUUACGACGAUUUUCUUAGUGAAAUUAUAGCAAGUUUUGAAUUUAAGCAGAACAAUGCUGAGCAAGAUGCAACCGAUAUUAUCCACAAUUUAAAUCAUUUAUACACGAAUGAUGCAGGUUGUAAAAUGAUCAUAUUAAGAAAUACAUUAAAUAGAUUUCGACUUCAUGGGACAUUGACUCUAAAUGUAUUAACACAGGCAUUAAAAUUGCCGUCUUUAAAUAAAUUAAAUCUUUGCUCGGAUUUCACUGUUCUAAAAGAUAACGAUAGCUCGUUAAGCAGCAAAACGAUAGAUACGAAUAAAAUAUCAGUAGACAACAAUGUUCUGCAGCCUACGGAAGAGAUGGCAAUUGAUGAAAUAAAUGAAGAAAAUACUACAAUUUCCAAAUAUUUGAAUAUAGAACUUAGUAAAAAGACAUGGUAUAUUAGUUACUAUAAAAAACAAGAAAAUAUGGAGACUUUCAAGGUGCAAGAACAAUUGUGGCAAAUAUUCAAGUCUUUGGAAUCGCCAAAUCACUUGCCAACAAAUAUGAUUAUUGGAGUAACUGUUUUAGAUCCACGCUUCUACUUACCUGAGAAAAGAACAAAAUGUAAUACUGAAGUAACAGAAACAUUUUCUCGAUCAAUUCCUAUUGAUCGGCCAAUAACUAAUUCCAACUGUUCUCCUAUUUGGGAUUCAGAAAUACGCCAUAUUGUAAGCAGUUCUUGCAUGCCCAUAAGCAUUAUAAAUAAGCUUAGAAGUGAAUGUCUUGUACCUGGUGUAUCAAAUGACCAAUAUUAUAAUGAGGAUAUUAUGGCAAAGAUACCUAUACUUCUUAUUCAGAAAUCUGGAACUAUUACAGGUUUUGGUUCUGGAAUAGAUGUUAUUGUACCAGCCAGAUGGGCAAUGCCGUUUUGGCUUGCAUUCUUAAUGCAAUGUUCAAGAGUAGGUGGGCUUCAAGAAUCAAAAUCGAUAGCUUUUGAAAGUUUGAAUCUAGAUACACCCGAUAUUAAUGAUCCUGAUAGUCCUGCGUAUACGAGAGAGGCAUUGAUUACAAAAGAGGAAUUGACUAAAAAAUAUUUCCGUUAUCCACCAAAUAGAAGAGUUAAUUUUGUCAAGCUCGGAAUUUCUAGCCCUUUCUUUUGCGACUGGAAAAAUUUGACGAAAGACUGGUCGGGCAACGAAGACUUUUAUGUUCUAAGGAAUCGCGAGCUCUUGUUACUUUUACAAGCAGAUAUUUGUCCUGCCAAAAGUAGAAAUUCAAAAUUACUUAUCGAAAAUACGCAAUCUAAUAUUCCAGAUUUAAAUGAUUAUAAAAAUUGCCUGAUACGCGUUCAAAUAUCUAUGGUGGGAAAAGGAUCGCCAAAAAAAUUCGCAAUCAUAUGUAUGCCGACAUUCGAAGAUUUGAAGAUGUUUGAAAACAAUAAGAAAUGGCUUGGGCCUGUAGAAAAAUGUCACAGUGAUUCGAACGAAAAAAUUCGUAAAACAUUACGAAAGAAUCAUUUAAUACUAUUAAAACGAUUAAGGCGACAAAGAGUUCGAUGGAAUCGAGCGUCAAAAAAUAAUGCGUUGAAGUUACUGAAAGAAUCUACUGGAAAGUUGAACGAAGAUAAACGUACAACAGUCUUAUCUCACUGUAAAAUUAUAUCUGAUCAAUCGGUAAAAAUGUCAGAAUUGUAUCUUUCAAAAUGUACAGAAGUUCGUCAUUCUUGCGAUAGAGAAGUUAUGGGAUAUAUAACAUUAGGGAACUUUUCGUUCAGCCAAGCAAAGAGUAUCGGCAUCGGAUAUAUCGCAUUGCCUUCAUUACUCAGAAUGAUUGACGAAAAAUCUAACACCGUUCUUAUCAGAAAUAUUCAAACGCGACAAUACAGAUUAGCAGAAUUAAAUAUAUUAGAUGUUUGAUAUAUUGUAUUGUAUAUUUUACUGUAUAAUGUGUAAAAAAACGAUACGUGUGU